UUUUUGAAAAGGUGUUCAAGCACUAUCAAAACAUAUAAUCUAACACAGGUCUCAGAAUUCCAUCUCCUGGGCUUCUCAGAAGAUCCAGACUUGCAGCCCAUCCUCUUUGGGCUGUUCCUGUCCAUGUACCUGGUCACAGUGGUUGGAAACCUGCUCAUCAUCCUGGCCAUCAGCACUGAGUCCCAUCUCCACACUCCCAUGUACUUCUUCCUCUCCAACCUGUCCUUUGUUGACAUCUGUUUCAUCUCUACUACGGUCCCAAAGAUGAUUGUGGACAUCCUAAGUCAUAACAGAGCCAUUUCCUAUGUGGGUUGCCUCACACAGAUGUCUGUGUUUCUCAUUUUUGCAAGUAUGGAUGACAUGCUUCUGACUGUAAUGGCCUAUGACCGCUUUGUGGCCAUCUGCCACCCCCUGCAUUACACAAUCAUUAUGAACCCACACCGGUGUGUCUUACUAUUGUUGAUGUCUGUCUUUGUUAGCCUUGUGGAAUCUCAGCUGCACAAUGUAGUUGUUUUACAAUUUGGCUGCUUCAAAGAUGUAAAAAUUGCUAAUUUCUUCUGUGACCCUUCUCAACUCCUUAGCCUUUCAUGUUCUGGUCCUUUAAUCAAAACCAUGGUCACAUAUAUUGUUAGUAUUAUUUUUGGCUUUUUCCCCAUCUCAGGGCUCUUUUUCUCUUAUUAUAAGAUUGUUUUCUCCAUUCUCAAAAUCCCAUCAUCUGGAGGGAGGUACAAAGCCUUUUCUACCUGUAGCUCUCAUCUUUCAGCUCUUUGCUUAUUUUAUGGGACUGGUAUUGGGGUGUAUCUUGGUUCAGAUGUGUCUUAUUCUCCCAUCCAGGGCAUGGUGGCCUCAUUGAUGUAUACCAUAGUCACCCCUAUGCUGAAUCCCUUCAUCUAUAGCCUGAGGAAUAGGGAUAUUAGUAGCACCUUGAAGAGGCUCUACAGUUGGAGAGUGUAA